AUGCAUCAUACUAUCAGCAUCAUGAUGCUGAUUCAAAGCCUUGUUCAUGCUGUGAUAACUAUUCAUGCCUCCGGAGCCUCCCUGACCGAAGGUCUACAGCUCCACGGUCUGCUGAGUAUCGUUGUUCUCUUCAUUCUUGUCACUCUGCCACUUGUUCGAAGAUAUCAGUAUGAGCUUUUUUGGAUAUUACAUGUGGCAUCGGCUAUCUUUUUAGUCUACUCACUCUGGCGUCAUGUGGAAACUCUGGACAUGGUACCAAGAUUAUGUGUUCUUACUUCUGCCGGCCUCUUUCUCUCCAUUUCAAUUCUGCAUCUCAUACGGUCUGUAUUCAGAAAUUUCACCUUUGGAAAUGAUCUAGGAAGAUUAACCUUAGUCUUGGAGACUCCUCUUGACGCCCUGGGCAGUAGUGCCGACACUUAUCGGGUGGAUAUAUCUCUUCCAAGGCGUUGGAAGGUCAAGGCAGGAGAAUGGAUCAAUCUUACUUUACCGAGGGUCGGCUUCUUGUACGCCUACCAAGCGCAUCCAUUUACUGUAGCUUGGUGGGAAGAAGACGAGGCUGGCUAUGCUUCAUCCAUAUCCCUACUGAUAAAAGCAAGAUCAGGGUUCACUCAAAAGCUUUUGAAACAAAUCCAGCCAUACACUGAAUACAAGGCAUGGAUCGAUGGACCGUAUGGGCCUGCACGAACCAAUACCUAUAGUCUUUCUAAGGUGGGAGACUACGGCCAUCUCAUCAUGUUUGCAACAGACAUUGGUAUCGCAGCUCAGAUCCCAUAUAUCAAAGAGACGCUUAAAGGGAUAAAGAAAUGUAAAGUGAAAACUCGAAGCAUCUGUCUUGUGUGGCAGAUGAACAAGGCUGGUGCGCUACCUAAUGAUCAAUUCUAUUUAUUCAUGACUCAAUUUUUUGCAGAUGAUCUAGAUUUGGUCCGUCACUGGCUGCAGCAACUUGUUGCAGAAGAUGAAAAUUAUCAUUUAAAACUUCUAGUAUAUAAUUCAAACGAGAAUCCCAGCUCAAGAGAUCCUGUACCAUAUGGCCAGCAUGAUAGAAUUCUAAUAUCUGGGGGGGAGCCGAACUGGGAUGAUCAUUUACAGAAUGAGAUGAAGGCAAGAAAGGGUAGACUACUUAUCAUGAAUACAGAUUUGUUUGAAUUGGAAUUUCAACCAUGGGCUGUGAAGAGGUCAUGUUGA